AAUUUUUCCCCCGUCCCCCAUCCUCACCAUUGUUACAUUCUUCUUCUCAAGGUAAGUUGACAAGUUUUUUCUCCCUUCAGUCAAGUAAAAGCUAAAAAUACAAACAAAUCAACAAACAAAGAAAAAAAAAAGACAAAAUACUACUUCUAUUUACAGGAAAUGAUUACAAAAAACAUCGUACUCAUUCUCCUAUUACCCAUUAUUACAUUAGCCAGUGAACAUAUCUGCAAAAUACAUGAAAUUCAUUCAAUGCGUCAACAAAAAGAUUGUUUCGGUAUGAUUGAUAAAACAAUCCGAACAAUUUGUGGCCCAGGUAAUGUUAAUGGAAAACGUUCUGAUGGAUCAUUCAUAAAGAAGAGGACUGCGCUUGCUAUGCUCAAUACGAAAAGGGGUAGAGGAGAUUCAAUCGCCUGCGAAUGUUGCGUUCAUCAAUGCGACGUUAAAGAAUGGUUGAGCUAUUGCGCUGACCCAAGUAGAGCAUUAGUACAUAGAAAUUGAGAAUACAGAAUGAAAACUACUAUGAAGAAUAAAGUAAAAAAAAAAAGACAAACAAACAAACAAACAAAACAAAAAGAACAAAAAAACAAGAAUUGUAUAUUUUUUAUUUAUUCGUGUGUUUGGUAUGAGUUAUUUUUAUCUUUUUUUUCAAGUUGAGAAAUAUACUAGAAAAGAAAGAAAGGAAAAAAUAGUUUUCGUUUUUUUUUAUAAAAAAAAAGUUUUAUUCGAAUUUUAUUUUUCCAGAUAAUAUUAUUGGAUUAACUCUAAUUUUUCUACUUUCUAUCAUUUAUGAUAUUUAUAGAAAGAAACCGGCUAAAAGUCAUACAAUUAAAAGUUUACUUAUUCAAUAUAUAAGUUUUAAUAUAUUGAUAUUAUUUGGGUUUUUUAAACGUUUUAUUCAUCUUUGGAAGAAUAAACAUUUAGAAAGCGAACAAAAGAAACUAUUAAUAAAGAUAUUAAAUGAUAAUCGUAUGACAGAAUGGGGAAAGAAGUAUAAAUUUAAUAGUAUAAAAGAUUACGACGAUUUCUAUAAAUUACAUCCGAUAACUGAAUAUAAUGAUUAUUCAGAUUAUAUUUAUAAAAUAUCGGCCAAAAGACAAAAUGUAUUAAGUAAAAAAGAUGUUAUUUAUUUUGCCAAAACGUCGGGAACAACUGGAAAACCUAAAAUUAUACCAGUUACAUCUGAAAUGAAAAGAUACGGUAUGAGUAAUAUAGGCCCAAUUAUUAUGUAUAACGUUUAUAAAGGAACGAAUGGAAAAAGUAAAACCUUACAUAGAGUAUUAGGACUUUAUUAUGGUUUGAAUAAUAUUGGCUCAAUAAAAGACAUCAACUCAGGAGCAGUUGUAUGUCACUUGAGACCGGACAGGCUAUAUAAAUUUGGGGUCACACCUCCCGGCGGUUUUUUAAUUGCCCAUGAAAAAUCUGCUUUACACGUUCAUGCCGUAUUUGCUCUAAGGGAUAAGGAUAUAGGAGAAAUUAAUGCCCUAUUCGCCUCAACCGUUUAUUACUUUUGGAAAUAUUUAGAUGAACACUGGGAGUUAGUAUGUUCGGAUAUAAAUAAUGGAAUUUUGAAUGAAAAUCUAUUAAUAGACGAUAAAAUAAGAAAAGAAUUGAAUAGUCAAUUGUCGCCCAAUCGGAAACGAGCUUUAGAAAUCAAGUCAAUUUUUAAUGGUCCUAGGGAGGAGUUAGCUAAAAGAAUUUGGCCUAAUUUAAUAGCUGUCAAGAUGAUUACGUCAGGGACAUUCUCUAUCUAUUAUAAGGCCAUGAAAAAGAUCUAUAUGAAAAAUAUAGAUACAUAUAGUCUAAUACACUCCUGUAAUGAAUGCCAUAUAGGUAUAGGCGCCGAGUUAGCUCCGGAUAGUUGCGUCUACAUUCUAAACGCUAACUACGCCUUCUUUGAAUUCAUACAUGAAAAAGACGCUGUUAUAAAUAGGCUUAUACCUAUUCUUCCGUCAGAUGUUACAAUUGGAGAAAAUUACGAAGUUGUUGUGACAAACAAUUCCGGUUUAUACAGAUACAGAACUGGUGAUCUAAUAACAAUUGUUAGUAAAAAACCUUACUUUACAUAUAAGCUAUUAAACCGAAGACAAUCUGUAUUAAAUGUAAAAGGAAGAUUUUUAUCAGAGAAUACUAUCCUGGAAAUUGUUGAAUUGACUGCAAUUAGGUUAAAUAAAAUAAUAAUAGAUACGAUCCUGAUACCUAAUAUUCGAAAGAGUACAAUCGUCGAAAACUAUUAUUAUAGUUCCCUUCCACAUUAUAUUCUAUUUAUAGAAUUAAUAGAUGGAGGAAAUCUAACUAGAGAAGAAAAAUUAAUGUUCGAUAUCGAAUUAAGGAAAUCGUUCAACGUUUAUGAUAAAUUAAGGCAAAACGAUGAAAUGGACAAGAUAAAUGUUAUUUGUACUAGAAAGAAUACUUUUAAUAAUUUACGUCAAAUAUUAAAACAAGAAAAUAAUAUGGCAUUUAAAAUGCCUAGAUUGGAAUUAGAAAGAGAAGAUAUAAUACAAUUUUUAAUAGAAAAUAGACAAUAA